AUGGGUAAUUUUCCAGUUGUGGAUGGUGUUACCGUCUUCAUGGCGGCCCCAGAGGGAUACAAGGUCGACUUGAAUCGCCCGGAGCGGCGACACGUGCUCGAGUCGUACAUAAUAUGCGGGUUCGGCCUCGUCCUGGCCUUUUUAUUCCUCAUCCAGUUUCGUUACGUCAAAUUGAGCUUGUUACCUAGGCCGGACGGAGAAGUAGCUUGCUUGGGCGUGGGUUGGAUGUUUUCCGUAGCUGUUCAGGUUGCUCUGAUCAGAUCGUUUUCUAAGAGUCUGAUGGGGGUACACGCGUGGGAGAUGUCGCUCGAGAAAUUCAACUACGGUAGCAAUUUCAUGGUUCUGGUGCCCAUCCUAUAUGCCGUCGAAACAGGGUUCACCAAGCGGUGGAAGUGGUCAGUCUACAGCGCCUUCUUCCUCGUUGUAGGAUACCAUACGGCCAUCUUCUUCGCCGUCAUUUUUGGGUGCCGCCCGAUCCAGAAGCAUUGGACCGUCGGCAUGGAGGGCACUUGCAUCAACCGACCGGCUCUCUACAUUGCCACGGUAGGACUCGGAAUUCUCUCAGAUUUGGUUCUACUAGUGCUGCCGAUGCCCAUGAUUCUUAGGCUGCAGAUGCCGUCGCGGCAGAAGGCAGGCCUCGUUCUGCUGUUCACCAUUGGCUCAGCCACACUUGUGACUUCCAUCGUCCGGCUGAUACUCUUGAUACCUAUCCAGCAUAGUAGAGAUUCCACUUGGGUCAUGUCUAGCGCAGUGGUCUGGGUCUUCGUCGAGGCCAACCUUCUCAUCAUCUGCGCAUCACUCAUCGGAGAGCGUGGGUCCUCGACAGGAUACCAUCUCAGCGGGUCUGCAGGAGGCUACAAGCACCCGUUCAAGGUGAUUGGAAACAUUGUGCAGCGGAGAAGAGCAGAUAAAUUUGGGACGCCUGUUGAAGAUGGUGCCGGGUUCGACCUUGAUCUAAUUGGACAUGCACCACCGACACUGAUAGCGGUCGGAAAGGGAGGAGAAAAACCGGAGAAAGUCAUUGCCAGGCACUUGCGAAAGCAGGAGUCAAUCAACAAAAUUGGAGAUUCGGGGUCCGAAGUGCAGAUGUGGAAUCCGCAAUUCGCGAGCGACGAAGUGGACGCAGAGCGAGCUAUUCUUCAGACGACGACGGUGACGGUCAAGUAUCAUUGUAGAAGACGGGGAAAGGUCUCGAUGAAGAUGUUGAGGGAGCGGAUGAAGGAUGAGAUGGGAGACCGGAACUGA